CACUAACAUGGCUGCACUCAACAUUUGAAAUCAUUUUACACAGCUAUUUCAAUGAAAGUGAAUGGUCGCACUGCCCUUGGAAAGAAGCAACUCGACUAUUCACCCGGUAACAACAUUUUUACCUGGGUCUUUCCGAAGGAAAGAACAAGUCCUGUAGUCAAAGAGUAAAUUGCGUCCUUCAACGUGGGCAAUGAAGGACGAGGAAGAUGACGAAGACGCCGCCAUGCAGUAUUCAAUUCAACAAAGUUUGCUGGACACUACCAAACACAGGUCUGAGGAUGCAGACCACGUCUCCAUCUUCACUGCUAUUCGACAAGGACACUUAAAGCUGGUGAAGGAUCUGAGCAUCAAAUGUAAAGAGGUCUUCCUCCAGACGGACAGUAGAGGAUGGACGGCCCUCCACGAGGCCUCUGCCCAGAGCAACCCAACCAUCCUGGAGCUCACUUACGCAGCGUCCGGCGAUGAUGCGGUGGAGCGUCGGACAGCGCGAGGCGAGACGCCGCUCUUCCUGGCCGUUGAGCGAGACCUCACAGACAAUGUCAACUUUCUACUGGGACGCGGGGCCAAGCCUGACGCACAGAACCAAGAGCAUGACUCGCCGCUGCACGUAGCGGUCCGCUUGGGUAGCCCGAAACUGGUUCGGCUCCUGCUCCGAAGAGGCGCGGCAGCAGACCAGGCGGGCCUCCACGAGCGUCGACCACUACAUGAGGCCUCGCGGCUGGGCAGCGCGGAGCUUGCCGGCCUGCUACUGGAGGCCGGGGCCACCAUCGACGCCCGCAGUCGCUUCGGCCUCACGCCGCUGGCCUUGGCCUCGCAGGCCGGACACUUGGACGUGGUGGAGCUUCUUCUCAGGAAAGGAGCGGAUGUGCAUUCACAGGCUAAGGAUGAGGCAUCGGUGCUGUACGAGUCGUGCGCCGGUGGCGACGCAUCGGUGACAGCGCUGCUAUUGGAGUACGGCGCCGACGCCAACGUGGCCAAGCAGAGCGGGCACCUACCAAUCCACCGUGCUGCCCACAGGGGCCACCUGGAAAUUCUGAUGCUGCUGAUUCCGUUAACUUCCAUGGAAGACGUGUACAACAGCGGAAUGAGUCCGUUGCACUGCGCUGCUGCAGGGGGACACGCACACUGCAUCAAGGCUCUUCUGGGCGCGGGUUUCGACCCAAACUACAUGCUACAUCCGUGCGUGCGUCGCGGCUACGACGAUGAGAGGAAAUCGGCGCUGUUCUUUGCCGUGUCCAAUAACGACAUCCCAUCAGUGCGCCUGCUUUUGGAAGCAGGCGCCAUGACCAACCAGGACCCCGUCAAGUGUCUGCAGGUGGCACUGCGUCUCGGCAACUAUGAGUUAAUCAACAUAUUGCUGCGGUACGGUGCCAACGUCAACUUUUAUUCCCGCAUCAACACCACGCACUUCCCCUCGGCGCUGCAGUAUGCACUCAACGACGAGGUGGUUAUGAGGAUGCUAUGUAACUAUGGUUACCACGUGGAACGUUGCUUUGACUGUCCCUAUGGCAACGGGUCGCAUGUUCCUGAGGACUAUGAAGGCUGGAGCAACACUGUCAUCAAAGACACUAUGUUCUGCGAGGUGAUCACGGUGUCGUGGCUCAAGCACCUGUCCGGUCACGUGGUCCGGGUUCUGUUGGACUACGUGGAUCAUGUAAGCCUGUGCAGUAAACUGAAGGCGGCUGUCAUGGAGCAUCAGCAGUGGAGUGACAUCUGCAGGCUGCAAGAGAAUGCCCGCUGCCUGCAGCAUCUGUGCCGUCUGCGCAUCCGCAGCUGCCUGGGCCGUCUGCGUCUGCGCUCGCCCGUUUUCAUGAGCUUCUUGCCUCUGCCGCCGCCGCUGAAGGACUACAUUCGGUACCGCGAGUACGAUCUGCGUGGCAAACUCAACAAUGAGCACACGUGAUUUUGCCACCAUCCUUCGCAUGUGUUUUUCAAAGUUUGCCGCUGUCAGUGACUUUUCCAGUUAAGUCUUUGGUUAUCAGCUUCCACAAGAUGGCGCCACAAACACAGAAUUCGCAAAUCUUCACUUUGGGCGCAGUUUUUAAGAACCUUCGUUUAAAUGUGCGUGUGGAUGAUAGGCCAAAGCGUAGAAAAUGUUUUUUGCCAAAUACCCUGCUACGUGUAGACAUGGCCUAAGUGUCUUGAUUUGGGAUUUCCAGAUAUGUCAUUACUAGGUCACCAAACCCUCUGGAAGUUAAAUAUUGACUAGAAAUAUGUUUGUAUGUGUGUGUAGGGAGGGUGCGAGUGUAAAUUUGACUCGUAACAAGAGUCAAACAUUAUUUUUCAACAAAUUACAGUGAGUGAUACUUUCACUUGAAAGUCUUCAUGAGGGCUUUCCAGAUACAUCAUUAUUAUUAGGUCACCAAUCUCUCCUGUGUUUUUUUUUUUUUUUUUUUCAUUUUUUGAGAU